AAACAAAUCGCUAUGACUAGAGACGUAAUACCCGUGGCUUUUCCCUUGCUACACGGGACAAACAACAUAUCAAUGGAUGAAAACUGACUUCAGCAUGUGCUACAGCUUACAAAGAAGAACUGAACUAAAAACGUACGGCUAAAGGUUGAGCUAUUCGGACGAAAACCAAGCCGAAGUUAGGGUGGCUAUUUCACUCUUGGUCACUGACUGAUUCUGAAUCUCACAUAUGAUAUAUAAAUCUCACUCUCAAUAAGGCUAAGCUUGUUCACUGUUCAGUCCAAGACACGAAAUGAGCUCUCCUUUAGUAAGUCUCAAGAAAAGACAGUCAUCUUUACCAAUUAGGGAUGGAAAGGGAAGAAACGUACCUUUUCGAUCAUGUAAACACACCAUCUACCCGACUGCCGAGACUGCAACAAGUCGCACAGCUCCUCAGAUAUCAAACACUGCCCCAAAUACAAAGCCCAAAACUGCAGCAAGGGUAGGAGAAGUGAUGGCGUUGGCAAGACAAGCAAGUGAACAAGUUCCAAAUGAUAUGCAACUGAUGAAGGCCAUGAUGAAGAGGCUGGGAGAAUUGGAAUCCAGACUUCAAUCUCAAAGUAGAGAUAUUGUAGAAAAGGAUGCGAAAAUCAAUUCACUGGAAGAAAAAAUAACGGCUGCAGGACGACCUAAAGCCUCUUCCUCGUCUAAAAUCAUCUCGGCUCUCGAGAAAAAGUGCGCCUUGCUACAACACCACGUGUCAGAGAUGGAAGCGUUCCUUAAUGACUACGGAAUGAUAUGGGUGGGCGACGAGGCACACGACAGCACAGACGAAGAGGAGGAAGAGGAGGAGGAGGCAAAAAAGACACCUGUUCGUUGCCAGGGACGCCCCUGGAACCAAGCAUCGUCGGCGGGGACGGCGGCAUUUCGAGUCGAUUACGACCUCAUCCUCCGCAACGUCGACGACCUGAACGUGUUGGCGGGCGACGGAGUGUCGAAGGUGCAGCAGACCGAGACCGGCAGCAACGAUUCUAAGCAUCCUGAUGUCUCUGGACCAUUCCGGAGCGUCGACGAGGCGAGCACGCGGGGGUGCCUGCAGGACCUCAUGGACGGAUACUUCCCGAUGGAACUCCAGGCCGCAUAUCCCGAUGGCGUGCCGAUCAAGGUGACCGACAGACGCCACACGGUGUUCAAGGAGCGACAGCGGAACGCUGCCUUUCCCGGCGAGGGACAGGUGCUGUCCCCUGUGAAACCUCCAAAAUGGACUCCACUAGAAUGCGUGGGGGAAACAAGCGAACUGCCGAGACCUAGGCUCACGGCCGAGCAGUUCUGUGACAGGCUGCCACGCACGGUCGUCAAGGACGGCAAGGUCAUUGACAUACGGUCGGCCAUCUUGGAGCAGGUGAGACCGAACGCGGCGGACGGGAGGUUCACCGUCGUCGAGACGCCCAUCGUCACGGAGAUGAAACAACGGGUGACGUCGGCCGGUGGCGGGAGCAGGACGGCGGGCAGUGCCGGGCAGCCGCUGACCACGCUGCGAGUGAGGUCGGAGCGAGGCAACGAGACGUACAUCGUCAAGAUGUUCCCCGGUGACACCGUGGGACAGCUGCGACGCCACCUCGACGCACAGAGGCCAGAGUUGAGAGGCACUUACGAGAUCGUCUCGACCUUUCCGAAAAUGAAGUACACCGACGACAGCGCCACCUUGCAGCGAUGCAGCCUCGUGCCAAAUGCCGCGCUCCGGCUAAUCCGCAAGCAGUGAGGUCACAGGUCGACGUGCUGGACGAGCGGAUGACCGUCAGCAGCGUUGAUGGUUAUGCGCGAGCAUAUGGUUGCGUACAGAGGGCGCCAGGAGUGUUAUACAUGGAAAAUAAUUAGCAAAAAUAUCCUUAUACUAGUUUUACCAGUGGUCUUUCACAAACGUGAUACCUAUUCGUGAAAGAAUACAUAUAGGAAGCAGUACAAUUAUGAUACCUGGUGCCUUUUUCUGAGUGAAAAAAUGUGUAGAUGUCUGCAUAUAGCAUGAGAUCGGGGAAUUGUCGGGGUGCAUACGUAGCACAGCAUGUGGUGGCAUUUAUUUCAAUAUACCCUACAUAUAGUCAUAUAUAGUACAUUCACGUAUAUGAACAUACACAUACAUACAAUUAGAAGUGAAGAAAAGCAAAUUUGUUUUGAUUCACUCCUGAUACAAUAUAUAGUUAAUAUAUUACUUAUAUGAAAAUAUAUAAUGUAGAAGUGACUAUUUAUUUAUGUACCAUACUGUAAGUUAUUAUUUGGCCAUUUGAAAAAAUAGGGGUAUGGUGAUAUAUUCUUUUCUGUCAUUGAUAUUUUGUUACAUAUAAAGAAACAUUGUAUUACUACAU